AUGAUCAUCUUUUGCCACGAGACGGCGGACCGUAUGCGAUGCUUUCCUCGGCAGCCAUCGCGAGCCGCGUACAGAGUCGAAUCGAAACCAGAGCCAGAAGACUGCAUUCGGGAUCGGAAGCUCAAGAGGCAUGGCUUGCUUUGUCGAAUAGCGUUGCCAUUCCUCUUUCCCGACUGUGAGAGACAACACCUACCUUCAUCGAGCCUCAUCAAGAGGCGGAAUUCAUUUGAUCUUCACUAUCGAACUCUGUACGAAAGCAUCAACCGCGAGACCUGA